CUGAUUGGUUGAGCGCGGAGCGCUGGCCCCUCCCCCUCGCCGAGGUGAAAGGGCAACCAGGGCUCCGGCUGGCAGUGGCGAUGGCGGCGUCCUUGCGCCAGGUGGUCGCGGGCAGCUGGCGGCAGCCGGAGCGACACCUGCUUGCGCUGCAGUGUGCAGCACGCCAUUCAAGAUGGUGCCUUAUAACGUCACGUACAUUCUAUACAGCUGAAUAUGAUCCCAAUGAAAAGACAUUUGAGAAACUCCUUAUUGCCAACAGAGGAGAGAUUGCAUGCAGGGUGAUUAAAACAUGCAAGAAGAUGGGCAUUAAAACUGUUGCUAUACAUAGUGAUGUUGAUUCCAGUGCUGUUCAUGUGAAAAUGGCGGAUGAGGCUGUCUGUGUUGGCCCAGCUCCCACCAGCAAAAGCUACCUCAACAUGGAUGCCAUCAUGGAAGCCAUUAAGAAAACCAGGGCCCAAGCUGUCCACCCAGGAUAUGGAUUUCUUUCAGAAAACAAAGAAUUUGCCAGGCGUCUGGCAUCAGAAGGUGUCACCUUUAUUGGACCUGACACACAUGCUAUUCAAGCUAUGGGAGACAAGAUUGAAAGCAAAUUAUUAGCCAAGAAUGCAAAGGUCAACACAAUCCCUGGCUUUGAUGGAGUGGUCAAGGAUGCAGAUGAAGCUGUCAGAAUUGCAAGGGAAAUUGGCUACCCUGUCAUGAUCAAGGCCUCAGCAGGUGGUGGUGGGAAAGGCAUGAGAAUCGCUUGGGAUGAUGAAGAGACCAGGGAAGGCUUUAGAUUUUCAUCUCAAGAAGCUGCUUCAAGUUUUGGUGAUGAUCGACUAUUGAUAGAAAAGUUUAUUGAUAACCCUCGCCACAUAGAAAUCCAGGUUUUGGCAGAUAAGCAUGACAAUGCUUUGUGGCUGAAUGAAAGAGAGUGCUCCAUUCAAAGAAGAAAUCAAAAGGUUGUGGAAGAGGCACCAAGCACUUUUCUAGACGCUGAGACACGAAGAGCAAUGGGAGAACAAGCAGUAGCUCUUGCCAAAGCAGUAAAAUAUUCCUCUGCUGGAACUGUAGAAUUCCUUGUGGACACCAAGAAGAAUUUCUACUUUUUGGAAAUGAACACUAGACUUCAGGUUGAACAUCCCAUCACAGAAUGCAUUACUGGCCUGGACCUAGUCCAAGAAAUGAUCCGUGUUGCUAAGGGUUACCCUCUCAGGCACAAACAAGCUGAUAUUCCCAUCAACGGCUGGGCGGUUGAAUGUCGAGUUUAUGCUGAGGAUCCCUACAAAUCUUUCGGUCUGCCAUCUAUUGGUAGAUUGUCUCAAUACCAAGAACCACUACAUGUGUCCAAUGUACGUGUUGACAGUGGCAUACAAGAAGGAAGUGAUAUUAGCAUUUAUUAUGAUCCCAUGAUCUCAAAACUAAUUACAUAUGGCUCUGAUAGAGCUGAAGCAUUGCAAAGAAUGGAAGAGGCUCUGGACAAUUAUGUAAUUCGAGGUGUGACUCACAAUAUAGCUUUACUGCGAGAAGUGAUAAUCCAUCCACGCUUUGUUCGGGGGGAUGUCAGCACUAAAUUUCUUCCCGAUGUGUAUCCUGAUGGCUUUCAAGGACACAAAUUGACAGAUCUUGAGAAGAGGGAACUACUGGCAAUAGCAGCUUCUUUGUAUAUGGCUGAACAACUGAGAUCACAGCAAUUUCUAGGGUCUCCAAGAAUUUCUCUUGCUAAGCUGGAUCUGAACAACAGGGAGCUGUCGGUACAGUUAGGAGACGGAACUUACUCUGUUACAGUUUCAAACAACGGGUCAACAUUCUCUGUGGAAGUUGAUGGGAUGAAACUAAAUGUGACCAGUGAGUGGAACCUGGCUUCACCCUUAUCGUCUGUCACCAUUGAUGGCACUCAGAGGACUAUACAGUGCCUCUCUCGAGAUGCAGCUGGAAACAUAAGCAUUCAGUUUCUGGGCACAGUGCCACUAAGUAUUGUGUCCAGUACCUGUGUUCCAUUGAUGAAAAGCUGGCUUGGGCUACAAAGGAAGGACUGGAUAUGUCCCAAACAAUUGCUCCUAAUAUUCUUUGGUGCUGGCCAGAUGAACAAAGCAGUAGCUCAGCUCUCCCCUCCCCUUCCUUUCCUUUUAAUUUCCAGGCUUUUAAAGUCAAUUUCAGGACAGUAGUUGAUGAACAGUGUUAUACUACUCCCUUCCCAAACCCCACCAUCAGCCCCACCACUUCCUUCACUGGGAGCACAAUUUGGAGAUUCAAACAAAACCAAACAAACAAAACCCCCACUCCUAGCCCUAAAAUUUUUCAUGGAACAGGACCUACUGCUGAGGGCCUUUCUUCUGCUUGUUCCUAUUUUCCUCCCAGCGAGCAAAGAUGAGAAGGUAUGUUGUGAUAAUUGGGCCUACACAUUUACUCUAAUUGUGAGCUCAACUGUAAAAAGUAUGUGAAAUUUCACAUAAAAUGUCCCAGUAACCUAUAAUAAUGAAUGUUGAUGGGGAAAGGUACUAAAAGAGGACAGGCAGACUAAAUUAGUACAAACAAAAAGCCUACUGAUAUAACUUAAUUUAUGUUAAAAUUGAGUUAUAUUAUGCUCCGUAAAAGCAGAAGAUGUGGAUCUGGAAAUUAAUGAACCAAAAUUGGCCUGUUGGAUAUUAGACCUAAUUGGUGGGCAAAACAAUGAGGGGAUGGACAAUUCCACCCAUCACUCCCUUUUUGGAAAGAGACCUUGGGGGAGAAUAGAGAAGAACAGACAGAGCUACUGGAGUGAGCUUCACCAUCAUGGCUGCCACUGCCACCGUUUCCUGAGGCCCUGGGCCUUCGUCGCGCUGGUCAUGAGAGAUCCUGACUGGAUUGGACCAGAGAAGGAUCCAGAUGACGUGGCUCGCUUUCUGCUCCAGCCGAAACCUGAACACCUUCUGAGAUGAAAGGGGAUCAGGCUUUAACAGCAGCAGCAACAGCUCCAGCCCAUCUCCACUAACGUAUUCUCUUUUCCCCUAGAGGACAAUUAUUGCCAUCUUUAAUACCAUCUAAGAGAUGGUCAAACAAGGGGGUUUUCCUUCUAGACCUCUCUCCAGCUAAACGGAGCAAGACAUGUUAAAAUGAAAGCCUUACUUAAUACUUUACAUUUCAAAUGCUUUACCUGUUUUCCCUUCUUUUCUAUAUCUUUAAUAAAAGGUUAAACGGA